AUGGCCCUUGUCGAUUAUUCCUCCUCAGAGUCCGACGACGAGAGCUCCGGUUCCGAAUCCCACCGUGUCAAGCGCCGUAAGGGAGUUGACGGCAUCGCGACCCACUCCUCCCGGAGCACAGAUGGAGAUGCUCGAUCCGUGAGCAAAGAUGCGGACGCUUCGUCUAUGCCACCGUUGCCCGACACCUUUCAUGACCUGUAUGCUUCUACUGUUCGACAGAGUGUCGUUGAUGAUCCGAGCCUGCAUCAUGGGAGGAAGCGCCAAGUUCCUCAUGUAGUUGGUAACUGGCCCAGCCAUGUUUACAUCGAGUGGCAUCCCUCAACAAAACAGCAUGGCUUAUUGACGAGCCUCAUAGCUGACAUCGAGAAGGAAGUGUCAAGUGAGAUCAAGCUUCAUAACUUCUUGACAAGCGACCUGGGAUCACCUCUACCCCUUCACAUCAGUCUGUCUCGGCCGCUAUCCCUUACUACAGGGAACAAGGACGAUUUCUUGGACAAGAUCACAGAAACCCUCGACAACAGUGGUAUCGCUCCCUUUGUUGUUCGACCACAAGGGCUCGCAUGGUACAGAUCACCAGAUUCUGAUCGCACGUUUCUCAUUCUUCGUGUCGCCAGUGGUCCCAAGUCUCCUGCCGACGGUAAAGAUGGAGCCAGACCUUUGAACCCAGAACUCACUUCACUAUUGACAAAGAGUAACACGGUUGCAACAUAUUACGGACAGCCACCGCUGUACCAAGGGAAAGCCAAUGAGCCAGUGGGAGAUGCGUUCCAUAUAUCCAUUGGCUGGACCUUUCAUCUACCAGUAGAUGAGAUGUCACUCAAGACCCUACAGUUGUUUAGACAACCCAAGUUUGAUGACAUUAGGAAAUGGGAGAUUAGCGUUGCUGGCAUCAAGGUCAAGAUUGGAAAUGCCGUGCAUCACAUUGGACUGCAUGAGACUGGCCGGGGCGGAGGAUCUUCGAAGCGUCCUUCUUUUCUUAAAUCAUGA